AGCGUAAAAAUCUCCGCCGAGGUACCAAAAACGUCCUGAUAUGUAAAUUUGUCUCAAAGGAACAUUGGGCUUUCUAAACCGUCACGGGCCCCCUGCUGGAUAAUUUUAAUCAGACUUUAAUGUCAGCAACUUUGUGCCACGCCAUUUGUAAAUAAAGUUUUUUUUUUGUUAAGGAAACUGUCAUGGCUGCGCCCAUGCCUAACGAUCAAAGCUGUUUUUUUGCUUUGGCUCUCUGUGUUUCAUUUGUCAAAUGUCUUUUGAUAAAUGCCUACCACUCUACGGACUUUGAAGUACAUAGGAACUGGCUUGCCCUGACUCACAGUCUGCCAAUAUCACAGUGGUAUUAUGAGGCAACAUCUGAAUGGACAUUGGAUUAUCCUCCCCUGUUUGCUUGGUUUGAAUAUGGACUUUCUCAUGUUGCCCGAUUUUUUGAUAAGGAGAUGCUGGUUGUUCAGAAUCUGAAUUAUGCAAGUCCAGCCACAGUCCUGUUCCAAAGGCUGUCAGUCAUUACAACUGAUGUGGUCUUGAUUUAUGCAGUUAAAGAAUGCUGCAAAUGUUUGCGAGAAGACAAAGGAAAGGACCUUCUGGGAAAGCCAUCUUUCAUUCUGACAGUGUUAGUACUGUGGAACUUUGGCCUUCUAAUUGUUGACCAUAUUCAUUUUCAGUAUAAUGGCUUCCUGUUUGGAGUUCUACUUCUAUCAAUAGCAAGACAUUUCCAGAAUAGACACUUAGAGGGGGCUUUGCUGUUUUCAAUACUUCUAAACUUGAAGCAUAUAUAUCUAUACAUUGCUCCUGCAUAUGGUAUCUUCCUGCUGAGAUGUUUUUGUUUCACCCAGAACAAUGCAGAUGGGUCUUUGCAGUGGAGAGGAUUCAGUCUCUUGCGACUGGUAGCACUAGGAACCAUUGUCUUGACUACUUUUGCAGUGUCUUUUGGACCCUUUAUAGCACUGGGCCAGCUUCCACAAGUCCUGUCACGACUCUUCCCCUUCAAACGUGGUCUGUGUCAUGCGUACUGGGCACCAAACAUCUGGGCGCUUUACAAUAUAGCAGAUAAAGCUUUUUCCAUUCUGGGUGUGAAGUUGAAACUGCUUGACAUGAACACACUUCCCAAGGCUUCAAUGACUGGUGGUCUGGUUCAAGAGUUUCAGCACUCUGUGCUUCCUUCAGUUUCUCCUUUAGCAACCCUUGCUUGUACGUUACUGUCAGUGUUGCCUGCUCUUCUCAAGAUAUGGCACAGACCUGAUGGAGCGAGAGGAUUCUUGCGAUGCCUUGUCAUUUGUGCUCUUGGAUCCUUUAUGUUUGGUUGGCAUGUACAUGAGAAAGCCAUUUUGAUGGUCAUACUUCCUUUAAGUUUGCUCGCUGUGGAGAGUAGAGAAGAUGCCAGGAUUUUUCUUAUCCUCAGUACAACUGGUCACUAUUCCUUAUUUCCACUUCUCUUCACAACCCAAGAGUUGCCGGUUAAAAUAUUCAUAAUGUUGCUGUUUACAAUCUUCAGUUUCACUUCCCUAAAAACGCUGUUCAGGAAGGGCGGGUCUUUGUUGAACCCGCUGGAAGUCAUGUAUCUCUUGGGCCUGAUUCCCCUGGAGCUCAUCUGUGAGUUUGUUUACCCGCUGACAGUCUGGCAGAAGACGUUCCCCUUCCUCCCUCUGAUGUUCACCUCAGUUUACUGUGCACUGGGAGUGACAUAUGCCUUCAUCAGACUAUAUAUUUCAUUGCUGACAUGUUCAGACACCACUACAAGGAUCAAAGCACAGUGAAUCAGAGGCUAGGUUUAAUUUUUUAGAAACUGGAUAUUUCUGUUGAGUUGGACAAAAAUGUUUUGUUGGACCAAAAUUAUCGAUUUGUAGAUAUCUCAGGAUUUGUUUGGGGAUGGUUUGUGGGAUAUGAGUAUCUCGGUACUCCGCUGUUUAUUACUUUAUUAAAUAUAGACUAUGGAUAUAAAUGUUUUUUUUUUGUAAAGUAUUUUGCUCAUUAAACUUUCCUAUAACCUGCAGCGUUUUUUAUUGGUAACUAAAAAAUUACAAAAAAAGUUAAUUUGAAAUGAAGCUAAAAUAAUUUAAAGCUGCAGUCCAUAGCUUUUGGGGGUUAAUUAUUAUGCAAAAUACAUAUUUGAGAAAAUACAUAACCAGCCAGUGUUCAAAACUAUCUGCUUGCCUUAGCUCGAUUCAUAGCGGUAAGACUGUAAUAAUGUUUUUAACUCCAGUGGUACUGGUGGAUUUCCACGGGAGAUUCGAGCAUGUCUAUGCGUCGUUAUGUCACAUUUGUACACAUAAUGGACAACUUCUGGUAGUUUAAAGCCUGCAGUCCAUGAGAUUAGAUGUUUGUCAUCCAAUCAAAUGCCAGUAAAGCUCUACAUUGAAGAGAAGCAUGGCAGCACUUCACUCCAAACACAGAAGCAAGCAACAUUUUCUAAGGUGUAUUUACAUUUUGUAUAUAUUUUUGCCAGUAUUUCAUAGUUUGUAUGUAAAAUAGAAAGAUUGAACUUAUUAAUUAAAGUUAAAAAUCGACUGUAAAA